AUGGUGAUGGAAUUUCCUGACAAUGUUCUGAACCUUGAUGGACAUCAGAGUAACAGUGCACAAUUAAAACAGUUCAUUCAGAGGCACAGCAUGCUGAAGCAGCAGGACCUGAGCAUUGCCAUGAUGGUGACGUCGCGGGAGGUGCUGAGUGCCCUGUCCCAGCUGGUGCCCUGCGUGGGCUGUCGCCGCAGCGUGGAGCGCCUCUUCUCCCAGCUCGUCGAGUCGGGCAACCCGGCCCUGGAGCCCCUCACCGUGGGGCCCAAGGGGGUGCUCUCUGUCACUCGCAGCUGUAUGACUGAUGCCAAGAAACUGUACACGCUGUUCUACGUGCAUGGGUCCAAACUGAAUGAUAUGAUUGAUGCAAUUCCCAAAAGUAAGAAGAACAAGAGAUGUCAGCUGCACUCCCUGGACACACACAAACCAAAGCCUUUGGGGGGUUGUUGGAUGGAUGUGUGGGAGCUCAUGUCCCAGGAAUGCAGGGAUGAAGUAGUUUUAAUUGACUCUAGUUGUCUUUUAGAAACAUUAGAAACCUAUCUACGGAAACACAGGUUUUGCACCGACUGCAAGAACAAGGUCCUUCGGGCCUACAACAUCCUGACUGGGGAGCUGGACUGCAGCAAGGAGAAGGGGUACUGCGCGGCGCUGUACGAGGGGCUGCGCUGCUGCCCCCACGAGCGCCACAUCCACGUCUGCUGCGAGACCGACUUCAUCGCGCACCUCCUGGGCCGCGCCGAGCCCGAGUUCGCAGGAGGACGAAGAGAAAGGCAUGCUAAGACAAUAGACAUAGCCCAAGAAGAAGUUCUGACCUGCCUGGGCAUUCAUCUCUAUGAAAGAUUACACCGAAUCUGGCAGAAGCUGCGUGCUGAGGAGCAAACGUGGCAGAUGCUUUUUUACUUGGGUGUUGAUGCUUUACGCAAAAGUUUUGAGAUGGCUGUGGAGAAAGUGCAGGGCAUUAGCCGAUUGGAGCAGCUCUGUGAAGAGUUUUCAGAAGAAGAACGAGUACGAGAGCUUAAACAAGAGAAAAAGCGCCAAAAACGAAAGAACAGGCGGAAAAACAAGUGUGUGUGUGAGAUCCCUGCUCCUGUGCAGGCCACAGAAGAGAAGGAAAUCAACCAAGCAAAGGAAAAAUCCAACUUCACGGAAAGUAGUUGCAAAGCCUGUGGUAGCAGUGAAGAAGCCAACAGCUGUGUAGAAGUAAUAGUUACGAAUGAAGGCACUUCCUGCACCUGUCCUAGCAGUGGUACCCUAUUAGGUUCACCUAAAAUAAAAAAAGGUCUCUCUCCACACUGUAACGGCAGCGAUUGUGGCUACUCCUCCAGCAUGGAGGGCAGCGAAACAGGAUCUCGGGAGGGGUCUGACGUGGCCUGCACUGAAGGAAUCUGCAACCACGACGAGAACGGAGAUGAUUCCUGUGUCCAUCGCUGUGACGACAAGGAGGAGGAUGGAGACAGCUGUGUGGAAUGCUGGGCGAAUUCAGAAGAGAACAACACAAAAGGCAAAAACAAAAAGAAGAAAAAGAAAAGUAAAACUUUGAAGUGUGAGAAUGAACAUAUUCAGAAACUUGGAAGCUGUUUGGCAGAUCCAGGUAACAGAGAGACCUCAGGAAAUAUGCACACAGAGUUUCAUCGCGACAAGACCAAAGACACACAUGCCGAAAGCUGCUGUGGCUCAGAAAAAAGCGGGCAGCAGUUGCCUUGGUUUGAGCACAUGAAAAAAGUGUCACAGUUUGCAGAACCCAUGGAAAUGUCACUUGUUCCCGAUACUGGAAAAGGUGCCAAGAGCUUAGUGGAACUCCUCGAUGAGUCCGAAUGCACUUCUGACGAGGAAAUCUUUAUCUCCCAAGAUGAAAUACAGUCCUUCAUGGCAAACAACAAGUCUUUUUACAGCAAUAGAGAACAGUACCGACAGCAUCUGAAGGAGAAAUUUAAUAAAUACUGCCGCUUAAAUGAUCACAAGGGGCCCGUUUGUAACGGUUGGUUGACAACGGCUGGAGCGAACUAAACACAAUAAAGUAGCUCUGUCUCUCACUGAAACUCUCAAGAUGACUACUGCGCCUUCUCUUUCAAAAACUUAAUUUAGUGACUUAUGGCAAAAUUUUAUCUUAAAUUAAUGUGAUUUUUUUUUUUUCCUUGUUUUUGGGGGAGGCUGGUGGAGGUGAUUUCAUUAAUUUUGUUCUUUCUUCAGGCUUGUAUCUUUAGUUGAGUAGCUGUGCAAGCCUCUCUUAUAAUUUAAGCCAUCUCUUUUCAUGAAACGUUUCUCUUACUGUGAGACUUACGAAAAGCAAACUAGUGGCAAAGUAAUGUUGUACCUAUAAUUCUGUACAGAAUGACAAUGAGCUGAAUAUAAGAUUUUACAAAGUAGACAUCCAUUUGCAAAGAUGUUUUGGAUGUAAUAUGUUAAAGCGCAAUGUGCAAAAUUUAAAUAAAGAAUAUUUAUUAAUACGCA